AUGGAGAUUGACAAGUCGAAAUCAGAAUACAAUGAAGUAGCUCUUCAACUAGUAACUGAUCCUGAUAACUACGAUCUUUGGGUCAAGUUACUCACUGCUGCUGAGAAUCUAAAUGGUGGAAUUUGCAAAAAAAGCUCCAAUGAUGACAUUGCUUUGUUGUAUGUCAGCUACAAACGAUUCUUGGACAAGUUUCCGUUAUACGAGAAAUUUUGGAUAAUAUUUGCUAACUGGUUUUUUAAACUUGGUCAAAUUAACCAGGCUGAUUUGAUUUUUCUCAAUGCUUUGAAGUUCAUUCCAAGUUCGGUAUUGAUUUGGGAAAAUUACUUGAAAUUUAAGAUUCUAACUGUCCAUAACACUGAUGGUAUUGACAGGUACAAAUUUAUCAAAAGACUCUUUCUCAAGGCUGAACUAAAAAUUGGAUUGCACUACCUUUCGACUGAUUUUUGGGAUUUGUAUUUAAAAUUUGAAGAGGAAAAUAACGAAAACUCGGCUGAUAAAAAAUUUCAAAUUUAUUUGAUACUAAGAAAAUUGAUUGAAUUACCAAUUUAUGGAUUUUCAAAAUAUUAUGAGAAAUUUAUGAAUUUUCUAGAUUUGAACUUAAAUUUAAAAGAUGUUUCAACUUAUGUUACUAAUAAAGAUCUAAUCAAAUUGGGUUAUACCAAUCAAUCAUUGCAAUUGUUGCUUAAAAAGGAUUCAACUAAUUCUGAUUUUUCAUCUGAUAUUCCCAAAAUCUUGAAAGAUAUCAAAAAUAAAAUAAAGAAAAUUUACACUGAUUUAUACAUAACAGUUCAGUAUGAAGUGUUUAAGAUAUAUGAGUUUGAAAAAAAAAUUGUUCAUCCGUAUUUUCAUACAACUUAUUUAUCCAAACAAGAAUUAUUAAUUUGGGAAUCCUAUUUAAACUAUUAUGAAUUGGAUACUUUAAAUUACACCAAUUUCAUAGUUCAGAAUUUCCACAAAAAGAUACAAACAAUUUAUGAAAGAUGCUUAAUUUCAACUGCAUUAUAUGACAAAUAUUGGUUGAGAUAUGCAAAUUACUAUAUCAAUUUAAAUGAAUUUGAAAACAGUAAAAACAUUUUACUUCGAUCGAUUUUCCAUUUACCAAAGACAUCAAUAAAAGUCAAAUUAAAAUUAGUACUAGUUGAAUUGUAUCAAAAAAAUUAUUUUAGAGUGAAUGACAUUAUAAUUGAUUUACUUUCAAGUUUCAAGAAUGAAAUUGAGAUUUGGGUAUAUUUUUUAAAUAUUCAAAUUUUG